ACGUCUAUCUUAUUGUCACCACCUCGUUACCUACCUCAUAUACCCAGAGGCUCCCUGCUACUCCCCACAGUCUCAUAGCCAGAUAGAACACCCUCAGAUCGAUCCCGAGAUGUCCGUCCGAAAAUCCCCGCCCCCACCGACCUCGCAACAAGGAGCGCUCACCAAACGCGCUCGGGUCGAUGAUGACGACCAGGAGGAGGACGGUAACGACGGUGGGAUGACCAUGACCGUAGCUUCGUCCGGUGUGGCAGGUGGCAAGGGUGCCUUGGUCAGGUCGGUGAAGAGGACGAGCGGGUUGGCGGCGCCCAUCGUCAGCCUGGGAGGGGCUCAUCGAGGCGAGAUCAUCGCUUGCAAGUUUGACAAGACGGGGGAGAGGAUCGCAGCGGCCUCAGCAGAUCGAUGUGUCUCGCUCUGGCAAACCUACCCUCCACACGAGAACAACGGCUACCUCCCCAACAUCCACAAACAAGCCAUAACCGACCUCUCCUUCUCCCCCUCUGACCCUUCUCUCCUGUAUACAACCUCCGCUGAUGGGACCCUCCUCCUAACCUCCCUCUCCUCGGGUCAAAAACUGGGUAAAUUCUCUGCACACUACGGACCCGUCAAUUCCCUCUCUGUCACCAACUCCACAGCUUCUGGGAAAGAUCUCUGUUUGACCGGAGGAGAUGAUGGAGUAGCUAGGGUUUGGGACCCGGUAGCCCUGAUUGAGGAUGGGGAAAAGACGCCGGUAGCGGAGUUGGACGAUGGGUUGGGAGGGUGCGUGACGGCCGUCGAGUGGGGGAAGGAUGGGGGGGUUUGUUACGUUGGGGGGAUCGAUAAUGAGAUCAAGGUUUGGGAUUUGCGUAAAGAAGAGAUCUUGUACACGCUCAAGGGUCAUACCGAUACCAUCGCCUCCCUCGCCCUCUCUCCAUCGGGGCACCACCUCCUCUCCUACUCCCUCGAUUCCACCCUGAUGAUCCACGACGUCCGACCCUUCUCCUCCGACCCCACCCGGGUCUAUCGGACGCUCACAGGCGCACCCUCGGGGUUCGAACAGAUGUUGAUCAAGUGUCAAUGGAGCCAGACGGACGGAGGAGCCCGAGUGGCCUGUGGCGGGGGGGAUAGGACGGUCACUGUCUGGGAGGUGGAGAGCGGGAAGAUCUUGUACAAGUUGGGCGGACACAAGGGGUCUGUCGGGGCGGUGGAUUGGCAUCCGAGGGAACCGAUCAUAUUGACCGGUGGAAAGGACGGACAAAUGUUGCUCGGAGAGAUUGACGCCGAAAAUCGGUCGUAAACGCCCGGCUCUCGAUAAAAGAGAUCGGCAACGGCCUACGAACAGGUCUGUUCUGUUAUAUGGAGAGAAAGGGGAUGUAAUAGAUUCGCAACUCGCGCUCGCGCUCGCGAGUCAUCAAAAGAUUCGAUGAUGUAUUAACUCGGUAUUUGGUCUGCUAAGGCGUGUUUUAUGAAGAGGAGCGUUCAGCCUCGGG